AUGCCACCUGCCCGCAGACGCACCGCAAUUGCGGCGGCAGAGAAGCUCGCGAGAAGACAGUCAAGUCUGAGCCUGGUAGAUCAUCGCAUUGGGGCUGUGGCCGACGAGCAUGAUACCAUCGAGAGCAGCUCGAACGCCAACAGCCAACAAGACGCCAGGAGCAGCAGAACGACGAUGGUCGCGCCAGUGCCGAAGGGGCAACAGGACGACGGCGGUCAGGAGCAGCAGAACGACGAUGGCCGCGCCAGGGCCGAAGGGGGUGAUGGCCUGGAGGACGGCGUAGCCUUGGAAGAGGAGUUGACUGCCCAUCUCAAGGCAGAUCUGAGGUCGAGCCAUGGCUUUCGUCGAGGUUACGCACAGCGGGACCACCAUGAAUUCCGGCAGACCAUUCUUACCAGACUUGAUGUCACCGGAACCGAUGAAGCUGGUAAGGUGGUGUUGGUUGUGGAUGGAGUACCUGUCGUUCCAGGCCAGUUGACACUCAGCCGCACCGCAGCGGUGCCCGAGUCGACCGUGUCCGGCAUACUCAAGAAGGCUGCGUUGAUCAUGAGCAAGGAAUACGGCGAUGGCAACCGCCGCAAGCCCCUGAAGGUGACCUCGGCGGCGCUGGAGGCGCGACUGUGGGCGUGGAUUCAAGCGGUGGAGGCCCAGAACGUCUGUCUGUCCCGCGAGCUGAUAAGGAUGAAAGCGAUCGACAUUCAGCCUCAAGGUCGUCAACGACUCCAAGAAAUCACGGAUCUCUACCCUGCAAAGCACAUCUACAAUAUGGACGAGACGGAGCUUUGCUACGCAAUGGCCCCGGCUCGGUCUAUUUGUACGAAGCGGGCGCGAGGAGUCAAGAAGAAGAAGACCCGUAUUACGCUUGCUCUCACGGUGAACGCUGACGGCACGGACGCACUACCGCCGUUGUUCCUGGGACCGAUAUUCCGAGAAUGGCUACACAAACUGGAUCGGGACAUGCGAGCGGCAGGGCGUCAUAUCUUGCUGCUGCUAGAUAACGCGUCUUCUCAUAAGACGGGCGAUCUGGUGUGUACAAACAUUCGCGUGGAGUUCCUACCCCCGAAUACUACUACCUACUUGCAACCUAUGGACGCCGGCAUCAUUGCACUGUUCAAGCGGGCGUACAGGAGAAGGCAGAUUCUGUGGGUGUACGAAAAGAUCAAGGACGUGAAGAAGCUGAAGAAGGAGCCCUACGCCGUCGAUCAGUUGCAAGCAAUGCGGUGGAGCAAGGAGAUCUGGCAAGAGCUGCAGGAUAAGUCGGCCAUCGGAAACUGCUUCCGCCAUACUGGAAUUGUUUUUAACGGUGUAGAUGAAAGUGCGGCCACGCGUGGGGCACAUGCCGCUGCUCAAGGCUCUUCGGUUCUUGCGCCCCCCGCACGUCAUGACGAAACGCCAGCGUCCGAGCCCCUCGUCUCGCUGACACCAUCUGCCGGUGAUGAAGGUCUGCUGCUAGAAGGCGCCGAGACUGCGUCCACAUUUGUUCCGCUAGCUCAAGUAUCAGUGGCGAUGUCGGCUACGCCAGAGCCUACUCCCGCUCCAUCUCGCAUGCUCGAGCGUCUGCAAGCCUCGGCCGCACCGCAAGCAGCACAGGGCCGAGGCAAUGCCAGCGCCGCGCUGCUCGUGCUCGUAGGGAUCGUCGGCUUCCUGUCGGCAUGCAUCGCCACGCUCAUGAUGCUGUUCGGGCCUGGCAUCGACCGCCAGAACACGCGCCGAGGGGCUCCGCACAUCGCGUCGCACCAGGAAUUCCUGCUCACGCACGUGCACGCCGGCAGCGAGGAGUCCAGUCUCAUGGAGCGCCCGCGACCCAACGGCCAGGUCGUGCGGCUGUUCUACCGUUUCUGGCUGCCCAAGCACCUGGACAGCGCCAAGGAUGCACGCGCGGUUGUGGUCGUGCUGCACGGCGUCAACUCACACAGCGCCCGCAACAAUAAAUUCAUGGUGGAGGUGUUGCAGCACGGCUUCCUGGUGGCGGGCAUGGACCACGAGGGCAUGGGCCGCAGUGACGGCAGACACGGAUACUUCUCCAGCGUCGACAUGCUGGUGGACGACGCCAUGGCCUUCGUGGACUUGGUGAAGGCCAAGUAUCCGGGGAAGAAGGUCUUCCUACUCGGCGCGUCGCUGGGGGGACUGAUGAUCCUGCACGCGCUGAGCAAGGGUGGGCCGAAGCUGGUGGACGGCGCCGUCAUUUUGUGCCCAGCGACGGAGAUUCACAAGGCGUCGCGGCCGUCGCACUUGAUGGAAGCCAUCGGCCGACUGCUGCAGGAGUACAUGCCCAAGCUGCCGCUGGUGAAGGCGAACAGUGGCAAGAACAGCUCUCCGGAGGUGGCGGCGGUGAUUGACGCUGAGAAGCACGCAGACCCGCUAUAUUACCCUGGAAAGAUGCGUGUUGGCACUGGGCUGGCACUCCUGGAAGGCAUCACUAGUAUUCAGGACAAGCUGCAGCUGAUCGAGACCCCGUAUCUGCUGCAGCACGGUUCUGCAGACCAAGCUUGCAGCGUCACUGGCUCGGCGGCGCUCCACCUCAAGACGCGCAGCGUUGACAAGACUUUCAAGACGUACGAAGGAGGUCAUCACGACCUGGCUAGCGAACCCCCACGCAUUCGUGACGCGGUUGUACGCGAUUUUGUGGCGUGGCUAGAAGACCGUUCCAAGCCGUAG